CGGAGGAGAGCGAGGAGAAAGGGGGAGGAGGAAGCAGCACAGCUGAGAGAGAGACACACACACAGCGGCUGCACUGGGAUGCUGUUGCAGCCCUGAGAACUGGAGCUGCUUUGGAGGAUUUGUCAUUGACGACACCGAUGGAGCGCGAGAGGAGAAUACAAAUGAUGGGGAUGUCAUGUUUUUAUCACCUGGGAAGAGAAGAUAUGUGAUAAGGGAAUCUUGGACGGUGUAGAGAUGUACGCCUUCUACUCCCUUCUAGUCUACAUCUUUUACACUGUCUUUAAGAAGGAGGAGGAGGAGGAAGAAGCCUCGGAGGAGGCAUGUGGUGCUUCCUCAGAGGAGCCAGGACAUGUUUCCAUGGAAACAAGGAGCAGGAGGAGAGAUGGCCACAGCCCCAAAAUGGGGAAAAAAGCUUACGUUUGCCUUAGCGAAUCAAGCAGUAGCGGUGACAGUGAUGAAGAUGAAGAGGAGAGUUCCCCUGACAUCCCAGCAUGCACUCCUCUGGCUGCCUUUUUGUCCUUCAAACAGGAGGCUGAGAAGAGAAGGGCCUCGCAAGUUCAGUUGGAAGCAACAGGGAAGUUGGCAGACUCUCCUUUGGUGGCAGUGAUGUCCCACUUGCUGACUUUUCUGGAGCAGUACUCCCACUUCCAGCAGCUGCAGCAGCAGGCCGACCAGUACAGGGUUCAGCUGAAGAGGCACCGCGUCCAGCACCGCAGGCAGAUGAAGGCCCUGCGGUCCUCCUACCGCCAGCGUCUCAGGGACAAGAACAGCAUCAUCGGCAGCCUGGAGGAGGCCAUCAGUCAGCAGCAGACCCCCAGCCCGCUGAACGAGGGUGAGUCCAGCAGUGAUGCAGGGACACAACCUGGGGUUCACAGGUUGGUGGAGUCUCUGUACGGCCUCCAGGGUGAGAGGAGUAAGCUGAGAGGAGAACUCCGCCUGCUGCACUCGCAACUAGAACAGCAGGAAAGAGACCGACACUCUCGCAUACUGUCCUUUCAGCAGCAGAUUGAUGAGCUCAAGAGUUGCAUCGAGGAGCGUGAGGAGGAGCUGUCAAGACUGAGAACUGCCACCGGAGCCACAGAUUCAGAGAAGCGAGUGCUGUGUCUGUCGGCGGAGAAUGAUAGUCUGAAACAAAGCCUGAGCGUCACUCAAGGCCUCCUGCAGCAGCUGUCAGCCAUCCCCUCCCAGUCCAGCACCAUACUCAUCAAGGAGAACGAGAGCCUGCGCAGCAGAGUGCAGCAGCUGGAGCUCUCCCUACAACACCGUGCAGAGCAGCUGUCACAUCUGGAGCGACAGAACGAACAGAGCGAGUGGAGGAGAGGGGACGAGCUGAGGAAACGAGAGGACCGAGUGAGGGAGCUGCAGCUGGAGUUGGACAGAGAGAGAGACAAGGAACCAGUGGUGAAGUAUGUCACGCAGACUGUGACCGUAGAGUCACCUGCCACACAGAAGCAGCUGAGUAAAGCCAGACAGAGAAAUGAGCUCCUGUCUGAAAAGCUGUCCAGUCAGAACGAGCGAUGCAAACAGCUGGAGGAGCAUAUAAGGAAGUCGGAUGAAUACAGCUGUAAUUUGCAACACAAGAUUGCAGCGUAUGAGCGUGAAAUCAGUAAACUGAGAGAGGAACUGCUGAAAGAGAUCGGCCACUUGGAGGAGAGGAAGGAGGAGGCUGUGAAGGCUGCUGCCAACUGCUCAGCAGAACACUUCCAGAACCUGCAGGAUCAAUUCUUCAGCUUGCAGAAACGUCUGACAUCACUCCCUCCAACUUUACGCUCAAUGAAGACGGACUACACUAGUUUGAGGAGCCAAGUUCGUAACUUCUCCGAUUUUUACGGAGCAGCUAUAAAUGACGCAAAGAAACAGAUUUCAGCAGCUAUCAAUGAAAUGUCUGAAGCCAACAAAGAUCUUCUGGAUAAAUACCGGAAAGAAGUUGCACUGCGCAGGAAGUACCACGAGCAGCUGGUGGAGCUCAAAGGCAACAUUCGCGUGCUGUGUCGAGUGAAGCCUGUGCUGAAGGAGGACCAGCAUGAGGAGGACCAGUCUGUGGUGGUCACCACAGACCCCAACAAUGAGUCCUCACUCACCGUGCUGAACAAAGGGAAGGGUCGCAUCUUUGAACUGGACAAGGUUUUCCACCCUCAGGCCACUCAGGAAGAGGUCUCUCAGGAGAUCGAACCUCUUGUGACGUCCUGCAUCGAUGGCUACCAUGUCUGCAUAUUUGCAUAUGGACAGACUGGCUCUGGAAAGACCUACACCAUGGAGGGUAGUGUGGAGAACCCGGGAAUCAACCAGCGAGCGCUCAAACAUCUCUUCAGUGAGAUUGAGGAGAGGAAGGACAUGUGGUCUUACACCGUCACUGUCAGUUCUGUGGAGAUCUACAAUGAGGUGCUCAGAGAUCUGCUGAGUAAAGACGGAGAGAAACUGGACAUCAAGAUCAACCCAGAUGGAACAGGCCAGCUGCAUGUCCCCGGCCUGAGAGUCACUGAAGUUAAAAGCUUUCAGCACAUCAAGAAGAUUUUAGCCACAGCUCGCAGGAACAGGAUCACCUUUGGCACUCAGAUGAACCAGCAUAGCUCACGCUCCCAUGCUCUGCUCUGUAUCACAGUUCAGGGCACCGACCUCGCCACGGGAUCCAAAACCACCGGCAAGUUGAACCUGGUGGACCUGGCUGGCUCAGAGAGGGUCUGGAAGUCUGGUGCAGAGGGCGAGAGGCUGAAGGAGGCCCAGAACAUCAACCGCUCUCUGCUGUCACUGGGGGAUGUAAUUCAGGCCCUGAGGGCUCGGCAGACUCACAUCCCUUUCAGGAACUCCCGCCUUACUUACUUAUUACAAGACUCUUUGGGUAAAGGCAGCAAGACUGUCAUGGUGGUGCAGGUUUCUGCUCUGGAGAGUAACGUGGGAGAGACUUUGUGCUCGCUGAAGUUUGCCCAGAGGGUGUGCAAAGUGGAAUUGGGCCCUGCAGCCAGGAAGAUUGAAGCUGCUGGAGGUCACUGCGACUGAUGGUCAGGAAUCACCGGGGAGCAACGUAUGCAUCAAUCAGAUUACCGCUCAUUGUACUUAUGAAUCAUACAGCUACAGUUUCAACAACAACACUGCUGCUCAAGGGCUAAAUCUGUGGGAGGUGUGUGCGGCACCCAAAUGCCAACCUAUGACUGAGUACAGGUUUUAUGGAUGCUCUGUGCUUCUGAUAUAUGAUGACCCUUUAUUAUUAGAUAAUCUGCAUGUAGUGCCAAAACAACCUCAGACUCCCCCAGAGUGUAAGACACGAUGCUUCCUUAAACCACUAAUCUCAGCUCCUUUGUACUGAAUACCAAAAUCAAGGACAUACAACAUCCUCGGUGACCAUCAGAGCAGCAUCACGUCCAUACAGGUUUAGUAAGCAUCCAGUGUCAUAACAUCAAACCAUCUGCAUUGCUGUAAAUGUCUUUUUGUGAGCUUCACACCCCAACAUAGUAUAUUUUUAAAGGUUGUGGUGCAUAAGAGAAUCUGUUUUGUAGCAACGAUAUUGGCUAUUAACCAUGUUAAUGACACUUAACGCACACGUUUGUGUAAUUUUUGUGAAUGUUUGAAUACUUAAGUUUUUCAGAAUGUCAAUAGUUUGCCUUUUGAGAGAAGAGAAAAGCCUUUGAAAGAAGCAGGUGUCCUUGUACUGCAGUGGACAACAAUGAAUUGUGCAAUAUCUCCUUUGUUGAGGAGACAGUUUGGGUCCUAUGUGGACAGAAGAUGCACUUUAUUGUGAAAGGAGUGUUUCAGUUCAGACCAGGUAUUUAGGUGCUUGCAGUAGAUUAUCACUAGUGAAUGUCAUAUCAGAAAAAAAAUGCUUAAUUGUCUGUUCGUCAUUGUCCCUCCAUUUAUCACCUAUUGGAUCAAAACCAUCUUUGAUUCAAGUGUAGCAAGACAUUUAUGUUGCUGUAACUACCAUAGAUGUCACGUCAUGAUCGUUAGAGUACAUUUUAAGAUAGUUUUCUGAAUAAACAAUGUAUUUAAAAAGUG